CUGACAGUGUUUUUUUUUCUCUAGGAGCGCGCGGUUGCGCUCGUUACCGUCCAUUUCAAUAUUUCGCCUCGUUUUAAAUCUCUUUCUUUAAGACAACGCUUGGAUCUAGACAUUAUAGGAAGAGUUUAGGGGGGAGUGCUCCACAGUUUUAUAGUUGACAUUUUUGGGGAACAAGGAAUAAGUUGCACGAUGUCGAGAGACCCAGAGGACGUGAACAAACUCACCGAGAGUACAUACAAGAAUGUUAUGGAACAGUUUAAUCCCGGCUUGAGGAACCUGAUCAACCUGGGUAAAAGUUAUGAGAAAUCAGUGUCAGCAAUGACCUUGGCUGGAAAAGCGUAUUUUGACGCUGUUUCAAAGAUUGGCGAAAAUGCUGCUGUGUCACCAGUCUCCAGAGAACUAGGGGUGGUCCUUAUGGAGAUCUCAGACGUCCACAAGAAGGUCCAACAAGAACUGGAGGAAAGUUUCAAGAAAUUCCACCGAGAGCUUGUUGCGGAAUUAGAACGGAAAACAGAAUUGGAUGUCAAAUACAUGACGGCUACAUUCAAAAGAUAUCAGUCAGAACACAAAAUGAAACAGGACUCGUUGGACAGAUCAAACGCAGACCUGAAGAAACUACGUCGGAAAAGCCAGGGGAAACAUUCCAGCAAGUAUGAGCACAAAGAGAAUGAGUAUCUGCAGACCAUCUCUUCCCGGCAGACGGACAUGCAGAAGUUCAUCGCCGACGGUUACAGAGAGGCCCUGUUAGAGGAGAAGAGGAGGUUCUGCUUCCUAGUGGACAAACACUGCACCUUCUCCUAUCAAAUGUCCUCCUUUCACGAGAAGGCCAAAGAGAUGCUGGAGGUGAAACUCCCAGGCUGGCAGGACAAGUGUGUGGAUGCCACCAAGGUGCCGGACACUGUGCUUUCUGUGAUUGAGGGCCUGCGUACCCCGGUUUCCGGCACGCCCCAACCCUCACCCCACAUCGGACACCACCGCAGGAAUAACUCGGACGCCUUGGUACCGCCGCCUGCCCCGGCUCUGAAGGCCCAGACCAGUCCGCUGGCGAACAUGUUCAACCAGGAAAUCUCCAAAAGUCCCAUUUCAUCAGAACACUACUCAGAUCAAGACAGCGUCGACGGCAGCGGCCUGUCCCGGUCUGCGUCCAUGUCCAGUCAGAAGAGCAUGAUGAAGAAACCUCGUGUGCAGACCAUUUUCCCCCACACAUCCGGGAACAACGACACUCUCCUCAGCUUUGACGACGGGGAUAUUAUCAUCCUCCUCAUUCAAGAGGAGAGGGACGGCUGGCUGUACGGCGAAUUAGAGAAGACUGGACAACGAGGCUGGUUUCCAUCCUCUUAUUGUCGACCUUACAGUGAGCCGGCGACCCAAAACAGCAGAAGUUGGACUCCAGUACAAAGCCACAGCGAAGCAGAGCUGCCAGAGGAACCUGAGGAAGAAGAACCCGUGCUGUUACCCCCGGCUGACUACAGCGACCAGGCCAGGCAGUCCACCCCCUCCCCCCAGAACACGCAGGCCCCUGUGUCAAAUGGCAUUUCCAAACCUCCUUUCCUGGGGGGUGGGAAUCCCUUUGCUACAGUCAAACUAAGACCCACUGUUACAAAUGACAGAUCUGCACCCGUCAUAUAAUCCAAGCAAAGUGUGUGCCAAAACACUUGUCUCACAUGGAAUGGGCGCUGGAUUCCAGAGUUUCUGCUGUCUCUACAGUCUGCAGCCUUUGGUUUUGUUUGUUUGUUUGUUUGUUUAUUUGUGCUAAAAAUUGUCAUUGGGAUACAGUUAAAGGAAGAAAUCAUGAGUGGCUGUUUUUUUGUUCUAAACUGUAGCUGUUAUGAUUAUGUCAGCAUGGAAACCUCCACAUGCCCAAGUGAACAUGAGGGACUGUUUGUAACCGUUUUAAACAUCAUUUAAUUAUAAAUAGAUGUAUUUGAAUCAAAAUAAGUUUGACGCAAAAUUCAAGUUCCAGAAUCAUAAGGAAUCUAUCAGUCAGAUAUCUCUUGGCUUUCUGUACCAACUCAGCACAUUUCCUGACCAUAUUGGUCUCUGGUUGAGAAAGCGUAAGACUACAUUCGCUGUCACGAUAUUCAUUACUAAAGUGUUUGUUUUCCCCGUUUGAAUCCAGGCUUAAGCAAAAGUGAGUGACAGAUUGUCUCUUUGAAGGGAGCUGCUUAGACCUAUGAAAUAUAAAACAUGUUUUUCUUAAUUCAUUAUUUAAAUCAGGACUUCAGCCUCCUGAACUGUGUGUGUUUUUUUAUUGUUUUAAUUUCCAUAGAAUGUUAGAUGACUAUAUGCUGUUUGGGAUGUGGACUGACCUCUCUGCCAUAGUUUAUUUUUAAUAUGAUGAUGAAAAUGAUCGAUUAUUGUUACUUAAUGAUGCAAGUGUUUUCCAUAACGGGAACUGUACAUAAAACUUUACUUUUAGAAAGAAUUUAUUACAAAGACACAUAUUUAUAUGAAAUAGUUGCUUUUCCUCCUUCACACAACUGAAUGUACACACCGCUUACCGUUAGAUAUUGUUCAUGCCAAACACUUUUAAAACCUGCAUUCCUAUCUUCCAGACAGCGAAACUGGUUAAACCUUGUUGUGAAGAGAUGAUUUGUUGUUUGUCAUUGUCAUUGUGCAAAUGCUUAAGUUUGACACUGAUACUGGUUUGUGUGGGUAAAGUGUUUUUUUUUUUUUUUCUAGUUUUUCCUGUUAUAUUCUUUUUCAAAAUUCAUUCCGUUUUAUUUCCCCCUGUAAACACACGUUACUCACUAAUAAACGACGAAGGUGGUUUAGAAA